UGCUUUCCAAGAGAUACAGGAUCAUCCAAAAAAGUCCAAUCACAGAUCAAUUACAAGGUUUUUGGUUUUCCAGUUCUGUCCUCUCCCCGCCUCAACAAUUCUCUCAUUGUUUUAGGGCGGCAGCUUGAACACCGUCACCAACACGCCAACAAUCUCCUCGGUAAGGACUGAGGAGGGUGGGCAACGCAGUUGGCAAAAUGGAGCUCUGUUUUUUGUCCCUUGUCCUCUUCUUCUCGCUCCUUUUCUCCGCCCUUCUUCUCUUCUUCAAGCCCCGAUGCUCGCGACACAGUAGUAAUCCGGGCAAGUUCACCCCCCUCGGGAGCUACCCCGUCGUAGGUAAUAUUCCCCAUCUCGUCAAGAACAGCCGCCGCAUGCUGGACUGGUCCACGGAGCUCAUCCUGGCCUCUCCCACCCCCACGGUCACCGUCGCCCCCUUCGUCUUCACCGCCAACCCCGCCAACGUGGAGCACGUCGCCAAGACUCGCUUCGCCAACUACCCUAAGAGCGAGGCCAUCAUCUCGACGAUCCGCGAUUGCCUCGGCGGUGGCAUCCUCAACACCAACGGCGAGGAGUGGCGCCUCCAGCGCAAGGCCGCCAGCUACGAGUUCAACACCAGGUCCCUCCGCGCCUUCGUACUCGACAAGGUGCGCCACGAGCUCCUCGGCCGGCUGCUUCCUUGUUUGGCGGAAGCCAGUCGUGGCGGCUUGGUGUUGGACCUCCAGGACGUGCUUGAACGCUUCGCGUUCGACAACAUCUGCAGUCUGGUGUUCGGGGAGGACCCCAGAUGCCUCGGGGGUGGAAGCGAGGAGGGGGAGCGGUUCUUCCACGCGUUCGACGAGGCCACGCGCCUCAGCGUUGAUCGGGCGAUGCAGCCGUUCACGCUCGUUUGGAGGAUCAAGAAGUGGCUCGACAUCGGAACUGAGCGGCAGCUGCGGGAGUCGAUGGAGAUCGUCCACGGAUUUGUUGACCGAUGUGUGCGGUCGAGUAGAGACCCGCAGAGCGGCGGCCAUGAUUUCCUCUCUCGAUUUGCAUUGGGAAGCGCCAAUUCCGACGAGUACCUUCGCGACAUCCUCAUCAGCUUCGUGCUAGCCGGGCGCGACACCACGCCCUCGGCGCUCACCUGGUUCUUCUGGGCCCUCUCCUCACGGCCCGAUGUGGUGGACAAGAUAAGGGAUGAAGUCAAACAGAUCCGAUCUCGACAACGAGAAGGAAACAUCGGCGAGGAGUCGUUCACGCUGGAGGAACUGAGGGACAUGAACUACCUGCAUGCGGCCAUAUCCGAGUCGCUGCGACUGUACCCGCCGGUGCCGCUUGUGGUGAGGGAGUGCCGAGAGGCGGACGAGCUGCCGGACGGCGUACGAGUGGGAAGGGGAUGGUUGGUGAUGUACAACGCGUAUGCUAUGGGGAGAAGGGAGGCGAUAUGGGGACCGGACGGCGGGCAGUUCAGGCCUGAGCGAUGGCUAGAUGAGGGGGUGUUCCAGCCAAAAAGCCCAGCAUUCUACCCGGUGUUCCACACGGGGCCGAGGACGUGCUUGGGGAAGGACAUGGCCUACAUCCAGAUGAAGGCGUUGGCAGCCUGCAUCUUGGAGAGGUUCGAUGUGGAGUUGGCGGCCGAGAGGGGGAGACACCAGCUGGCGAUGACGAUGAGGAUGGAGGGAGGCUUGCCGGUGAGGGUGAAGACGGAAUUACGCCCAAGUGUUUGACGAAAUGUCUUGCCCUAAAGAUAUGCCAGUUGAAUCUCUUCACCAUUCCGUACUAUUUUGUUUGAUAUUUUUAUGGGUAAAUUCUUAAAAAAAAUUAUUCGCUUUUUGCC